AUGGUUCAACGUCGUGCAGCCAGGUUUGUCUGCAACGAUUAUGGCCAACACUCAAGCGUUUCUGACAUGGUGAGAGAUCUUGACUGGGACCUGCUUGAACACAGGCGCGAGGCUGCGAGACUCGUCCUCAUGAAGCAGAUACAGUGUGUUCCAAGAGAUUCGUGCGACCUAGGGAAACCCGGAGCCGCUUGUGGUGCUGACAGACAAUCAUGGGGAGGAGGGGCUCCUGCUAGGGCUCCAGCUCCGGGACACGCACCAGGCUAUCCUCCAGCUAGAGCUCCUGCACCAGGCUAUCCAGGAAAUCAACCACCUAGAGCUCCCACUCCAGGACACCCAGGUUAUCAACCGCCGAGAGCUCCUGCUCCAGGCCCUUAUCCGUCAGCUCCUAACGCUCCACCACCCCAACAACCUCAUGCACCAUCUGCCCCAGCACAUGCACCAGGUGUGCCAUAUGCUCCAGGAUACCAGCCAAAUUCCCCGCAAUACUAUCCAAAUGCUCCAUCUCCUCCAAACCAUGGCCCACAUGCUCCAGGUAUGCCUGGAUUCGCACCGGGAGCCCCUGGAGGUAGUGGCCCAUUUACUCAAGACGGAAACGGUGCUGGUGGAAGUUCAGAUCAGCAGUCAGAUGCACAAGCUCCUCGGGCUCCUGCUCCACCGAUGCCCCGUGCUCCAACAUACGUACCCGCUGCACCAAGACCACAGCCUCCGAGAGCUCCUGCAUAUGCCCCAGUUGCACCAAGACCGGCUGCACCUGUCCCCGCUGCACCAGCCGCACCAGUAGUUCCCGAAACCAGAUUUGCACCCGUUUCCCCAAGUGACGGUGGGGAUGGUGGAGAUGGAGGAGACGUUGGUGAUUAUGAUGGUGAAGUUGAUGCUGACUACGGAGAUUACGAAGGUGAAGGUUCAAGCGGCAGUGACGAAAGUAGUGGUAGUGGUGAAGAUUACUACAACUACGGUUCUGGUGAUAUUGAUGGCGCAGAUGGUGUUGAUGGUGCUGAUGCUGGAGACGGUACUGGUGGAGCUGAUGGGGCUGGUGGAGAUGGCGGGACUGAUGGGGCUGUCGGAGCUGAUGGGAUUGGUGGUAGCCGUGGAGGUGCACGUGCUCCUCGCCCUGGCUCGCCUCGUGCUCCAGGUAAUCCACGUGCCCCAGGAAGUCCACGUGCUCCAGGCAGUCCAAGAGCUCCGGGCAGGCCCCGUGCACCAACCGGACCGCAUGUAUCCGGCCGUCCAUAUGCCCCGGGCCCGCGACCAUCCGCUCCACGGGCACCUGUAGGACCAUUUGCACCUGCACCUGGACCCCAUGCUCCUGUACCCAGGUCCGGUGUACCCGUUGGAGGACCGCGUGCUCCAUCAACUCGGCCCCGAGCACCUGCAGGAGGGCCACGCGCUCCCCUACCUGGACCAAGAGCACAUAGACCUAAUGCACCUGGGCAAAGGAUUCCAGUACCACACGCUCCAACUCGCCCUUAUGCCCCAGGAGGACCAGCAGGACCAGGAGCACCAGGAGGAGGUCCUGGAUAUGCCCCCAGUGGAGGAAGUUGCAACCAUGAUCCAUCUGGUCAAGCAUGUUCCGGAGGAGUGUCUGGAAAACGAUAGAACUUUUAUAAAUACUGGCCUCAAAAAGUCCUUGGUGUUGCAGUUGUUUAUUUUAAGUUUAUCUUAAGUUAUGUGUGGAUUACUUCCUACUAAUUAGUUUAAUAUCAUCAUGCAUAAGGUAAUGGGAUUGA